UCUCAACAUAUAGCUAUAUAUAUGACACAAUUCUCCAUUGAGUUAUCAAAUCACUCAUACACAUAUGUGUAUAAAUUUACAAUAUUAAUCCCAAUGAGGAUUCCUUCUACUGAUCUUUUCAAAUGGUUACUAAUUAUGUAUUUAUGUGCUGUGAGUUAUUUCUCACAAGCUUCUUCAGAGAGUUCUGGCUUCAAAGAUGAAGAUACAUUUCUUCCAUUUCCAAAACAUCAUGGUUUUUUUCAUCAUCCCACUCCAGGGUUUGUAAACCCUCUUCCUCCUCCAGCUCCCAUUUAUAAGCCUGAGCCUAAGCCAGAGCCAAAACCAGAGCCAGAGACCAAACCAAAGCCAAAGCUGGAGCCAAAACCAGAGCCAGAGACCAAGCCAAAACCAAAACCAGAGCCAAAGACCAAGCCAAAACCAGAGCCAGAGACCAAGCCAAAGCCAAAGCCAGAGCCAGAUUCCAAGCCAAAGCCAAAGCCAGAACCCAAAUCAGAGACCAAACCAAAGCCGAAAUCAAAAUCAGAGUCAAAGCCAAAACCUAAAUCAGAGACCAAACCAAAGCCAAUAUGCGAGCCCAACCCAAACACCAAGCCUAAGCCAAAACCAAAAGAAGAGUCAAAGUCAAAACCAAAACCCAAAAAAGAGUCAAAACCAAAGCCAAAAGAAGAGACAAAACCAAAACCAGAACCAGAACCAAAGCCGGAACCAAAAGCAAAACCAACAACUCCAAUUCACAAACCAUAUCCCCAUCCUUUCUUUAAAAAGCCACCAUUUAACCAUCCCAUUUUUAAGUUCCCACAUCCUAAAAAGCCAUUUCCUCCAUCAUCUUCUUAGACAUUAAUAGUGGGGUAUCUCCAAUUUCAUUUCCUAAGAAGUACUAUGUAUUGCAAAUAAAGACUUCUUUUUAUUUGUUGAAAAGGAGAAUUAAUUAUAUAAGAAAUAAAAUAUAGUGUCAAUAUGUUUCUUUUGCAUGGAAAUGAAAAUGUGAAAAAAUACAAUUAAUGUAUGGUGUACUACCUUUUUUAUUAAUAGUUCUGUUAUUUUUAUGUUAAGGAAAAA